AUGGGAAAGAAUAGGGAUAAAACAGAGAGCAUAGAGAACUCCAAUGAGCCUAAAUACAAUGAACAACAAAGAAGGGAUAUGGUGAUUGAUUUGUUUAGAAGGGGUCUAAAAAGGGUUGAAAUAGUAAAAAUGCUAACAAUGAGCUAUGCAACUGUACAAGGGAUUAUUUCAAGGUAUUUGAAAUACGGAACAGUUGAUAGAAAAAAAAGAACAAAGCUUAUUACUGAGAUUGCUUAUACAGACCUUGAAUUUCUAGAAGAGUGCAUAAAAAAUGAAUCUUCACUAACCUCAAUGCAGCUAGCAAACAUGCUUUAUAAAAAAACUGGAAAAAAAGUGUCUGCGUAUGCCAUAUCCUCUUCUCUUAGGAAUAUAGGAUACUUCUACACAUCUCCAAAUUAA